UAAAUAAAGGAAGAAUAAAUUUUAGAACUUGAUUAUUCUGUAGGUAAUAAACUUCCAGGAGACACCUGAUCUUAACCCGUUAAUACCCACGUGAUCACGAUCAUGCUAUAAUUUUUCUUCCUCGUUGAUUAAUAAUGGCGGAUGCAAGGAAGGUUAUUACCACAGGGAUGCUAACAGUUUAUUUUAUUCUUGGUGUUAUUAUUAUCAGGUGUAAUGUAAAUUGUCUACAAUGUUUAUCACAAAAUAACCAACCUGUGGAUUGGUACAUCGCAUAUAAGCUACCAUAUUCACAGAAAAAUGUCCAUCAUGAUUCGUUUUUCUACAUGGAUGCUAAGUCGACUGAGUGGAUAUUCUCGAAUAAAACAAUGAAAGAAAAUGAUCAAGCUAUUUCCAACACGCUGGACCAGAUAUAUAAGACUUCUUCGGAGAAUUCUGGUUUUAAUCUGCCAGAUAUCCUGUAUUUGAUGUACAACGACCAGCCCUCUACCGCGGACAAAUCGAGGCUUAGGCCAAACAAUAUUCUCAAGGGACACACCAAAGGUAACUUAGAAAGGAAAUGUUCUGGUUUUAAUCUGCUAGAUACCCUGUAUUUGAUGUAUAACGACCAGUGCCCUGCCGUGGACAAAUCGAGGCAUAGGUCAAACUAUAUUCUCAAGGGACACACCAAAAGCGUGAUAGGCUUUGACAGAGAGAAAGGCUUUUGGUUGAUUCACAGCAUACCCCGUUUCCCGCCUAAAAGAACACGUGGUUACAGUCUACAAGACCACACGUGGGGACAAACUAUCCUAUGUAUUUCUAUGGCGGCUGAUACGAAUCUCGAUCAAAUAGGUGUCCAGUUGUUAUAUAAUUACCCACAUAUUUAUGAUCAAAAUCUCCCACAAUUCUUUGCGUCAAAGUUCCCAAAUAUAGCCAGUGCAAUGAAAGGAAAACACGUGACAGGCGAGAAGUGUAAAGAGGUUAAACUAUCAUCGCUUAAUGGUGUAGCAUUUCAUUCCUUUGCUAAAUCAAAUUACUUUAAUCAAGAUUUGUACAAAGAUUUAUUGGCACAACGUUUUGAAAGCAGUUUGUUGGUACAGAGUUGGCAAAGCGGGGGAGGUGGUAAAAUGGUUUCGAACUGCACUGGUAAUUAUGAGGUUUUAAACAUAGAAAAUAUGGCGUUUCCACAACCCAAGAUAUUGUAUAAAAGUACAACCGACCAUUCUAAAUGGGCUGUCACAAAAGCGACAUCUACACACAUAUGGACAUGUAUUGGUGACAUCAAUAGAAUGGAAUCGCAAAAGAAGAGAGGAGGCGGGGCUGUAUGUUUCCAGAAUAAAAGAGUAUGGGAAAACUUCAAGACUUUAAUAAAAUCAUACCAACCAUGUUAGAGUUAAAACUUCGCGUGACUCAAUCCUUAACAUGUUAAUUAUGUUUGACUGAUAUUGAACUAAAAUUAAAAAAAAAAUGAGCCGCGUCACGACAAAACCAACAUAAUGCGUUUGCGACCAGCAUGGAUCCAGACCAGCCUGCGCAUCCGCGCAGU